AUGAUUAUAAAGGAAUAGUAAGUCAUGAGAAAGAAUAAAAUAACGAAUUUUUGGUUAAGUCGCGUCGUUCUGCCGAUGUCCGUCGAGGAAUACCAAGUUGGACAACUUUGGUCCGUCGCCGAAGCCUCCAAGGCGGAAACGGGCGGUGGAGAAGGCGUCGAGGUAGUUUUCUGCUUUUUUCGUUUUUGGUUCUUUCGGACGACAUUCAAAUAUUAAAGAUGCCGACGUUUAUAUGAUUACAAGGCAUUAUUCGCUUUUAUACUUGAUAAUCAACUGUUAUUUCAGUGCUAGUAGUCAAAUUAAUGUUUUGUUAAAUGUAUUUAUUUUCCGAAUACGGGACAACUAGAAGCAGCCUGUAGCAAGUGGCGAUAUAUUCUUCGCUUCCUAACUGUCAAAAGUUUCAAUUUAGUUCGAUUGUAAAUUUUUUGAUCAGUAUGACAAUUUUCAAAUGAAAAAAACUAAACUUUCAGGUCCGGAAAAACGAGCCGUUUGAUGGGAAGCCGUUGUUGAACGGACAGUACAGUCAGGGGCAAUAUACCCACAAAAUUUAUCAUUUGCAAUCGUAUGUUCUCUUUUAUUUCUCAUAUUUUGCAGCGUUGGACUGCCCCAGUAAUUGCUUGCGAAAAUAUCACUGAAUCUCACUUUCGAAAAUAAAUUUCGCCAAAGAAGAAAUAGGAAUUUUUUAAUUUUUUCAGUGCGUUGAUCUCUCUUGAUUGGAAAAUGACUUUUAUAGAAAAGUGCCAUCGAUUUUGCGGAAAAUCGCGCCAAAGGGUUCUUUGGCGAUCCACGAAGAGGCUUGGAAUGCGUACCCUUACUGCAGGACUGUUGUCACAGUUCGUUUCAUUUUCUGUCUUUCAAUUCUUCGAUGAUCGGAUCUCAAGUUUCAGAAGUAGUGACAUUUUCAGAACCCUGACUACAUGAAGGAGAACUUUUUCGUGAAAAUCGAGACGAUUCAUUUGCCCGACCGAGGAACCACCGAAAAUGUUGGUUUUUUACAGUUCACCAGUUUCCUGCUAGUUUUCUUUAAGUAUAUAGACUGAUUUUGAAGUUUAUGAUGUAGAAUGUCUAAAAAAUUUUUGUUUUCCAUAAAAGCUAGCGAUAACUUAAUAAAGAGUUUUCGGGCUAUUUAUCUGUCAAGUUUCGAAACUUUUUUUUUUCAUUCGAAUUGGCAAAGCUUUCUUUUUUUUUUCUCUAUUCGCUUAUGUGGCUAAAAGCUGGAUUCAUUUUCGUAUCCUAAUUUUUCUUCUUUCUUGUUUUUUUUGUCACUCUCUUAAUGUUUUAGGCGCACGGUUUGGGUGCCGAGGAACUGGCGAAGCGCGAAGUGAUCAAUAUUAACAUAGCCAACGACAACGAAUUCCUCAACUCCUCUGACAUCCAGCCAAGCACAACUCCUGGCACUUUUAUCAGUUCCAAAACUGGCAGGCAAGAUCUUAUUUCCCAAUAGUUAUAAAAAGCUCAAUUUAUUAAAAAAUGUUAUCAGAUUUUCGAUGAUUCUUCAAUUGUUGCCUCUGAGAGGAUGGUCUAACUUUAAGAUGCUCAGAUUCGAUGAAAUUCUUAUUUCUGUACACGGUUACGAUGUUUUCAUAGUUCAAAAUAUAUUUUAUACCGAAGUACUCGACUUUCAGGUGUUCCUGAUGGAGAGCUCUAUCCUCAAGCAAUGCUAGUCACUUUUUUGGCACAAAAACAAUUAGAACAUAAUUAAAAUAGUGAAAACUUCAAAUAAAAGGAAAAUAGAAAGCGCGACCGGGGUUAGCAAAAGCAAAAGGUAAAAUUAAGAAAUGCUGUAAAGUAGGUAUCGUUGAUUUUUUUUUAGUUUAGCCGAAGCGAAAACGUGAGCGGCAAUCGGGAGUUGGAUAUUAGUUUCCGAAAAAUUGAUCCAAAAAAUGUUUUCUUCAGUUUUAAUAUCUCCAGUUUGUGAUUGGAUUUACCUCGGAUUUUCCAGAGGUCCUUUGAAAGGAAAUUGGCGCGAAACAGCGCAACCCGUCAUGUGUGCCUACAAACUCGUUACCGUCUAUUUCAAGUGGUUCGGCUUCCAGAAAAUCGUCGAGGGCUACGCUCAUGCUGUAAAUUUCUUUCUUUUUUCUACUUUUUUUCUUUUUAUCUCUCACUGUGUCUUUGCUGGAAAAAUUUUAGUUCUUAACUUUUUUUUAACUUCUCAAAGCUUUGCUUCUCAAGAAAUUCCAAAACAACUCGAAAAAAACAGGAAAGUUGACGUUUUCUGACAUGUAUGUUAAUUUUCAUCAAAAAGCCUUGUAAUGCAAAAUAAAUAUACUUUUAAGAAAUAUCUUUUUUGAUCGUUUGCCAUAAAUCAGCAGUUAGAAGUUUUUUUAACCGGGUAUUGAUUAGUUUUUUCUCUAGAAUUUUCUCAUUUUUUCGACGAAAAAGCCGAUUUCAGCAAUAUCCGCGGCUGUUCUCCAAGUUCCACCGAGAAGUUUUCUGCUGGAUCGACCAGUGGCACGGGCUCACGAUGACCGACAUCAGGGCCAUCGAGGACAAGGCUCAGCGGGAGCUCGAGGAGCAACGCAAGAGCGGACAGGUUUCUCUUUGAAUUCUUUUCAUUAUUUUGAACGACCUUCCAUUGGAAACAAUUUUCUGAAAAAUACGAUUUCGAAAGAUUAUUUUCCAAAUUUAGUAAAAUUGUUUACAGAAAAGUUGAACUCGCCACAAAAAAAUUAAUUUUUUUACCAUAUUUUUUUGGCAUCCCGUUGAUGAAAAAAAUCGUGAAUUUUAUCAAUCUGAUUGUUUUUCAAAAUUUUUUUGAAUUAUAAUCUCAAGCAAAAGCUUAAGUGUAACACUUUCAAUGGUCUAAAUACACGACUCCAGCUCAUUUUUGUAUGAAAAAAAAAACAGUUCCGAAAUAAUUGCAUCCCGAACCUAGAGAUCAUUUUUUAUAAUUUUAGAAAAGGUUAUGUCAAAGUUUUCGAAGAAAGAUUUUCUUUUUCUCAGUUUAGAUUCUAAAAAGAGUUUGAAAAUUUAUUUCUUUACCUAUUAAGGAAUAAUUUCAGGUGCGAGGAAUGACGGGCUAA